GCCGCCGAGAUGGAACCCUGACUCCGCCAUGGAGAGGAAGGCGGGCGGCGAGGAUGACUGCGUGGACUCGGGAGCCGAGACAGGAGGAUCUGAGUACAGCCACAUGUCCUCUACAAGCAGUGAACUUUCUGUGAAAGACAAUCAAGACCCUUUCCUUGUUAGUAUACAUAUCAUCGCAGACCCUGGUGAAUGCAAAGUUCUCCAGCAAGCCAUUGAUAAACUGUUAGCAUGGAUCCAUCCAGACCUCCAGUUGUUCCGAGUCUCAGAAAGACGGGUCUCAAGGAAGCACAGGAAGUCUGGUAAGGCUGCUGCUUCUCAGCCAGCCCUUGCAGUCAUUCUGUUUCUGCAGGAGGAAUAUGGAGAAGAACCAAUCUUACAGCUCCAUGAAACCUUUCAGAGACCACCUUGGCAUUACCACCAUACAGAACGAGUGCAUGGCAAGUUCCUCCCUUACAUGCCAUGCAGUCAGGACUUCUUCACUUUGGCCCAUGGGGCCCCUUUGUGGGCCAUCCGACCAGUGCAUUAUGGGAGAGAAAUUAUCCGCUUUGCCAUAUACUGCAGGAAUGAAAACUUUAUUGACAUUAUGAAACUGUACCAGUUAAUCCUGAAAAGACCGGUGUGUCAGAAAAAGGCGGACUUUUGUGUCUUUCCUGUCUAUUCUAACAUGGAUAUAGACAUUCAGUUCUCUUUAAAAAGACUCCCUAAGGGCCAGAUUCCAACCCCUACAGAGUCAGCGGUGCUGGAAUUCCGAGUAGAUGUUGGACAGCUUAUUCCUCUCUUGCCCAAUCCUUGUAGCCCAAUCAGUGAAGGCAGGUGGCAAACAGAAGACCAUGAUGGGAAUAAGAUCCUUUUGCAGCAGACACGUAUUUGGUAUAGGAAGUCUGCUAAGCAGAACAAGCUUCAUUUCCCAUCUUCAAGGGAUUCCCGUUUCACUCCUUCACCAAGCUACAUUCCUCACAGUCACAGACCUGCCCUCAAUCAAACUAGUGAGCAUCUGAACUCAGUUGGUCAAAUCAAGCUGCAUCGGGCAAAUGGCCUUGGUCAGUACCUUGGCAUCUCCCAGCAGGACUUGAGAAAUGGUGACCGAGGAGACUUCACCCGAAGAUCCAGUAGUGCCUCCAGCAUUUCAUGGUCAUUUCAGCGAAGCAAGUCGCUGUUCUGCUUGCCCACAACAAGCUUCUCUCCGGCAUCUGACUCCUUUAACUUUAGUGAACCAUUCCACAAUUUAAAUACUGGGUCACCUGUGAACAGGUUAAAAACAUGGAGAUGCAGCCCCAAGCUUAACAUUGAGGACUUGGAGGGGUCACAGGAGACUGAUGUCGACACAGGGAUGAAGCUGUCCUUCUCAGAUCUGUCUGUAGUCUCAGCCUACUCUACCUUUAAUGGAUUUUGCAGUGAUUUGGAAACUACUCUUCCCUCACAAAGGCAACGUGUCAGUAGAUUUAAACAGGCUGUCUCCAGGAGAAGGCCGUUGUCAGUCAUGUGCAGUACCCUUGAGCUCCCUAGCGGUUCACUUCCAUCUCUCUCUGAGUGGUCUUCCAGCUCUUUCUUGUCAUCUUCAGCGUCCCCCUUAGCAUCUCACUGCCAACUCAGACAGUCACCAAGAGCAACCCCUUGUUCUCUGAAUGAUAGGAAAACACCUGGCAGCAUUCAUCCAGGCUCUCCAGCCAACGAGGAGGAAUUCUACAUCUGAGCUUUCUCCAUGCUGAACCUUUAAAUGUAAAUUUCUGCAUAUGUGAAUUACAGCAGUGCAUUUCCGCCAUCUGAGCUGGCAAGUUCCUUGCUCUUUCCUGAGGGGAGGGUGUUACAUCACUGUGUGCUAAAUGUUGUAAAAGGUUCUCACACACCACUGUAAUGGGUGCCUCAUAAAUGUGUACUAUAAUAUCAGGUGAGACUGUGUCCACUGGAUUCAUGCGGAGGGGAUCCUCGAUGUGUAGAUCUGUCCAUAGCUGUGCAGGUAGGGGGUUUGUGGUCAGUGUCCUUCAGCUCUGGAGAAGGGGGUUUGGGAGACUGACCUUAGCAUGUAGAGCAGGAAGUGCCCAGAGAUGCACAUGGUAACCCACCUUCCGAUGUAAAGAUGCUGAAAAGAAAAUACAACCUCAGGCUGCAUUAACUUUUCUGAGAAGCUCUCUCCACACUGGCAAACCCUUCCCCACCUCCUUUAUGAGGUUCCAGAGGCAGCUAUGAAAAGGGCAGACCCUAGCAGCAUGACUCCAAUGGAGCCAGACAAGGAUGCUGAGGGCCCCAGAACCAGUGUAGAGACACAGGCCUCCAGCUGAUCUUUGAGAAUCUGCAGACUUGGGGAGGGAAUGUCCUGUUUGUUCCAUGGGGAAGAAGGAACCCACACCAUAGCCCCAAUCUGAUGGACUGGUUUUGGGAAAAUGCCAUGAGGGGAAUUUUGAGGAGCUUUUCUCCCCAUCUCCCCUCCUCCCCCCAAGUCAAAAGUGUUUUUCAUCAUAUGGGAAGGAAGCAGGGUGAUCCACUGUUAAAAAUGCACUGCAGCUCCCUAUUUUUAGGGGUUUGUUAUUUUGGUUGUAAAAAAUUCACCUCUUACAUAAACAUAGUAUUGGUGGUCCCAGCCCAAUUUCUGUGUAAAACAAAUUUCUUGCCAAAGUUGUCUGAAUUUUUAAUUUAUCUAAAGGGAAAAACAUGUAGAAUUGUACUGGCCUUUUUAUCAAGUUACAUUUUUGGCAAGUUGUUACAGUAUAAUGUCGCCAGCUGUUAUGAUGUAAUUACUUUUGAUAUUUUGGAAAAACAUUUACAUGGAGAAGCCAUUAGUCUGAGAAAUGGCUAAGUACCUUUAUAAGGAUUUUUACCAUCUAUUUCAAAUUUUUCUGACAAUAUAUCUCUGUGUUAAACACUACUGACACUGAAUGCUCUUCUGGUCUAGGCACUUAGAACAUUACCUGGUUUAAAAUAGUGUAUACAAAUCUGUAUUUAAUCAAUAGACAGGUACAGCUGCAGAAGAUCCACUCUGAUCAGUCAGUAAAUAAAACUAGGGAGGAAAAAUGAUCUUGUGUGUAUUACUCAACAGCGUUACUCAGAACAAUACUAUUCAUUUUAAAACAGCCUAAAAAAUAGUUACAUAAGAGAGUGGAACAACUCCAAAAACCUCCAUUCUAACCCCCAACUAAAUAUACAGUUUAUAUCAUUCUACAAACCAUCCUUAAAAAAAAAUGCAGUCUGGAAGAAAUAAAUAUAAAAUCAUUCUGUUUAAACACCAUUAAAGUUGUAACCCAAAUCCACAAAAGGCAGGAAAUUGACAGUAAAGGCUUGAAGGAAUAGGCAGUUAAUUCACUGACCCUCCUUUACGCUGUUCAGCAUUUUUUGCUUUUUUUCCCCCCACAGUGAUAGAGAAUGGGGCAUCUGCCUCAUCUAUGAGUUUCCUGCCUGUAGUCAGCUACUGAGACAACAUGAACUGUGUGGAAACCUUGUCUUCUGUAUUAACUAUAAAAAUAGGAUUUUAUUCCAGAUCUGGACACCCAGCUGAAUAUCAGCACUUUCCCCACCACUACCACCCAGAGCUGUUUGGGCUCACUCCAACUUUUGAUAAACGACCCUGUUCAGAGAUGCUUGGAAGCAGAAACAGCACGAAUGAGGGAUUUAACAUGGUGUUUGAAUGUUAACAACUAUCAGCCUGCUCCAAAGCCCAUCAAAGUCAAUGGGAGUCUUGGGGUUUAGGUCAGCCUUAAGGGUGUGUCUAAAAAACCUGCAACAUCAAGUCUCAGAGUCUGGGUCAGCUGACUCGGACUGUGGAGCUAAAAAUUACAGUGUAAACAUUCAGACUUCAGCUGGAGCCCAGGCUCUGCCACUCGAUGCUGCAGGGUCCUUUGCAGGGUCUCAGAACUGUUGGAGCACAGUAGGCCUGUGAUUCGCCACUGUCACGGGUUAUAUGUAAUUAUUUACAGCUGGGCAAAAUAUGUGUAGAACACUACCAGAUCAGAAUGGUAGCAUUUUGCACUCACUUGGCAAAUGACUGUGCAAGGCAGUGAAGAAUCAGGCCCAAUAGGUUUAGACGGGAGGG